CUAAUGGCAGUUCUAUCCCACCGACAGAAGCCGGAUGGUUUCGUACAGUAAUAUAAGUGGGGUUCCCGGAUUCAGCGCUUGAAGCAGGUUUUCCCUCUCUGCCCUUCCCCCCGCCCUUCAGCUGCCAACGACCACGAACAUGUUUACCUACCAUGACCAGAUGAUCAUCGCUCACGCUGUAUUCGCUUCCAUCGCGGUGUUGUUCACCGCGCCCGCAGCGGUCCUCAUCGGCCGCUUCUUCCGCGACCGCCAAUGGUGGUUCAAAGGGCACCUCGUACUCCAGACGCUCACGGCCGUAUGCGUCAUCAUCGUGUUCAUCGUCGGCACCGCCGCAGUCGACAGCGGCGCGCACCCGAACCAGUUCGUCGGGUCGCGCAAGGACCCGCACCACGACAUCGGCCUGUCCAUCUUCAUCCUGUUCCUGCUGCAGUUCAUCCUCGGCGUCGUCGCGCACUACACGCACUCGGCGGGGUACAGCAAGCCGGGCAGCGCGUUCCCGACCAUCACGGUGCAGAAGCACGCGCUGCGCCAUGUCCACGUCUUCUGCGGGAUCGCGAUGACCGCGCUGCUCUACGCGGGGAUGAAGACGGGGAUGGACGAGUGGAACCGCGUCGCUGACGCCGGGACGCUCGUGCCCCGCGGAAUCACGAUCGCGUUCUGGGUGCUCUUCGCGCUCGAGGUCGCCGCGUACGUUGCGGGCUGGGCGAGCGAGCCAGUGCGCUCGAGGAGUAUGCAGCCAAGCGCCGCUACGAGCACAGAAAAAGUAGCCGCAUGAGCACAGUACGAAGAUUAUGAAAUUGUAAUGAGAUUAUUUUUCCACUGAAUCAGUGUGCGAAUGUGUGACCAGCGGGUGGGUGGGUGCUGGUCGCGCUUAGCGUGACAGAGUGAGUGCGUCACGUGUGUCACGUGCUGGAAACCGUCCCCUAAGCCGGAGUUCCAGGCGCCAAAGUUCGAGCAAACCGUGAUCAUCGUAUCUCCGCACCAUUCUGCUCUUUCCCUUUGGUCGACAAUCAUGAUGGCGCUCCAGAAGCAUCUCCUGAACGACCCUGAAUCUCUUGUCAUCGAUUCCUUGGCUGGCCUGUGCGCAGUCAACAACCAACUCGUCCUCGACCCACCGAGCAAAGUCGUCUACAACUCCCACCGGGACCGCUCCAAAGUCGCGCUCAUCUGCGGCGGCGGCUCCGGCCAUGAGCCUUCGCAUGCUGGAUUCGUCGGCGAGGGGAUGCUCAGCGCCGCGGUCUGCGGCCACGUGUUCGCUUCCCCCAACGCGGCGCAAGUGCGGCGCGGGAUGGAUCUGGUCGAGAACGACGCGGGAACCUUGAUUCUGGUCAAGAACUACACCGGCGACGUUCUCAACUUCGGGCUCGCGGCGGAACAGUACGCCGCGGAGCACGCAGACAAGUCGGAUCGCGUCAAGUUUAUCGUAGUCGGCGACGAUGUGGCCGUAGGCAGAACACAGGGUGGGCUCGUCGGCCGCCGUGGCCUUGCGGGCGUCGUGCUGGUGUAUAAGAUAGCUGGGGCCCUGGCGGCGGAGGGCGCGACGCUCGACGAGGUGCAUGCCGUCGCGCAAUGGGUCUCGGGUCGUGUCGGAACGAUCGGGGUCGGGCUGGAACAUUGCCAUGUCCCGGGCACCGCGUCACCCUCCCAUUCCCUCGGUACAAGCGAAAUUGAGAUCGGCCUGGGGAUCCACAACGAGCCGGGCAACCAGCGUCUCUCGUGCAUCCCACCGCUCUCAGAGCUCAUGGUGACUCUGCUCGACCUAAUCACUCUCACGACAGAUCCAGAGCGGGCGUACCUGCCAUUUCAGAACGACGGAAAGGACGAGGUGGUGUUGCUGGUGAACAAUCUUGGUGGGAUGAGCGAGCUCGAGCUGGGUGGGGUCGUCCGCGCUGCUUACGAGGAGCUGCAGAAGAGGCAGAUCGUCGUCCGCAGAGUCAUCUCCGGCACUUUCAUGACGAGUCUCAACAUGCCAGGCUUCUUCAUUUCACUUGUUUUGCUGCCUCGAGCGGACGAGUCGGACGCCCCGAAAGUCGAUAAACUACUCAUGCUGCUCGAUGCGCCUGCGAAGACCCCCGGCUGGAAGUGGUCCUCAGGCACGGCUCCAAUCACUCCAACGCCUCUCGCGCCUUCUGCAGUCUCUGCCGUCAACAAGGCUUCUAGCGCUAACCCCGUGUCCGUCCCGAAUCUCGUCACAUCACUUACGAAGGCGUGCAAUGCGCUCAUUGCUUCCGAGCCGGAAAUCACCCGCAUGGACACGAUCGCGGGUGACGGCGAUUGCGGCCUGACUUUGAAGGCGGGGGCCCAGGCCGUGUUGAGGGAGAUCGAGGCCGGGAACAUCGCUGGAUCGGAUCUGGUCUCCGACGUCGUCGCGAUCUCGAAGGUCGCGGAGACUCGGAUGGGGGGAACCAGUGGGGCCAUCUACUCGAUCUACCUCUCCGCCCUCGCCCAGGGAAUCCAGACUCACGCCCAGAACUCGGCUCCCGAAAUGUGGGAACGAGCACUGGCCAGCGCGCUUGCCAAGCUCUACACGUACACCCGCGCACGGCCGCCGUCUCGUACCUUGGUCGACCCGCUCGCUGCGUUCGUCAACGCGUUCCCGGACGGCUUUUCCGGCGCAGUGAAGGCGGCUGCGGAAGCCGCCGCGCACACGAAGGACGUCGAGGCGAAGGCUGGGCGCAGCGCGUAUGUCGAUGCCGGGAUGCUCAGCCGGGAGCAGGUGGCUGAUCCCGGAGCCUGGGGUGUGAAGGUGAUUCUAGAGGCGCUGUAGGAGUCGCUAGUGUAUUGAAAUAUGAAUGUAAGUUGUAGUCGAGGAUCUUGUAACAACUGAAUGACAAAGUCUAUCUGUUCGUGA